UGCAUCAUUUUUGCUAUUCGCAAAGUGGUGCUGCUGCUGCUGUUGUUUGUAUAGUAGAUGGAGCCAAUCUCUGUGCGAUUUCCGACGACGGCGAUGGAUUCCGCAUCCGAGGAGGCGCCUCGUUCGGUUCGCCCGUCCGGCUCUCGCCGAUCUGACUUGUGAGGGGAGCAAGUCAGCAUCUUUUGAGCCAAAGACGAACUUCUUGACUUAGUCAAGGAGGAUCUGCCUGUGGGGAUAAAGUGCAUUAGGAUGGCUGAUGGCAGCUCGGUUGACGUAAUUCUAGAUUUUCUCCGAAGAAAUAAAUUCACCCGAGCAGAGGCGGCUCUGCGUAGUGAGCUCACCAAUCGCUCUGAUUUGAAUGGGUUCCUUCAGAACCUCGCACUCGAGGAGAAGGACACAGGCAAGUUUCCGCGUAGACAAAAUGGCGAGAAACCAGCUGUCAUGAAUCAGGGCCCUAAUUCUCGAGACGGCGGUGAAGCUUCUGAAGAACUCAUUGUGAAAGAAAUAGAGUAUGGCACCACCAGAAAUGGUCCAGACAGCAGAUCUAAGAGUACCUUGGUCGAACAUAGCAAACAUGUUGAGAUGUCGAGUAACACCGACAGGAGCUUUACUUUCCCUAAAGGUUCAGAAAAGAAUUCGGGUGAUUUGCAGCCAUGGAAAUUCAAUUCUAGCAAUGGCCCUUCAGAUCUUUAUGAAAAUGAUGUUUGCAGUAGUUCUCAAACCACGUCUGAUCUGAAGGUCCCCGAACAGCCGAGAUAUUGCAAUAGCGAGGCUCCUUAUUCUGGCAAAGCUACUGUCUUUACUAGAGAAGAUGUUAAAUUUGCUGGUGAAAAGAAUGCAUGGGUUGUCAGUUCUAGCAAAAACCAUUCUGAACCUCUUGGUGAACCUAGGGAAGUCGGCAAACAAGCAAAAGUUGGCAAUGCCUACUCCAAGGACGGUUCCGAUGAUAAUCCAUGGUCUAGAAAGGAGGAGCUUGCAUCUAUAUCAGCAGACCCAUGGAAAGACUGUUCAAUUAAAACAGUUUUUCCGUUCAUGAAAGGGGAGACUUCAAACAAUUACGACGUUAUCAUUCCUCAUGACAAAAAGGAAGGAAAGAAUAAAGCAGAGAUGGGGAGUGAUGUUCGGGUAGCUAUUAAGGAACAGGUAGAUGAGGUUGGCAGAGCUUUGUACUUUGGAAAGACACAAGGGGGUUUUGAUCAGAAGAAUAUUAGCAGCUUAGGUUUUCCAUUUCCAUCUGAGAACCCAAAGGAAGAACUGCCUAGGUUGCCCCCGGUCAAACUCAAGUCAGAGGAAAAGUCCAUUUCCAACAAUUGGGAAGAGAAGUAUGAUCGCGAUGGAAUGGGCGCGAAGCUUGCGAGCAUUGACACUGCGUUCCUCAUAGGGUCAUAUCUUGAUGUUCCAGUAGGACAAGAAAUUAAUUCUUCAGGUGGGAAAAGGCUUGGUGGUGGCAAUUGGCUAUCUGUAAGUCAUGGCAUCGCAGAGGAUACAUCCGAUCUGGUUUCAGGUUUUGCAACUAUUGGAGAUGGGUUGAGUGAGUCUAUUGACUAUCCCAACGAGUAUUGGGAUUCUGACGAGUAUGACGACGACGACGAUGUUGGAUAUAUGAGGCAGCCUAUUGAGGAUGAGGCCUGGUUUCUGGCCCAUGAAAUAGACUAUCCUAGUGAUAAUGAGAAGGGAACUGGCCAUGGGAGUGUUCCUGACCCACAGGAAGGAGGUCAAAUUAAAGAUGAGGACGAUGACCAAUCUUUUGCCGAGGAGGAUUCUUACUUCUCCGGGGAGCGAUUUCUUCAAUCAAAAAACGUGGAACCAGUUAGUGCUUCAGAUGAUCCGUUGGGGCUGUCAGUGAGAGAAGUUUAUGGCCGGGUGGAGGAGAAUGAUUUAAUCGCACAAUAUGAUGGACAGCUGAUGGAUGAGGAAGAACUGAAUUUCAUGCGUGUGGAACCUGUGUGGCAAGGUUUUGUCGCACAAACAGAUGAACUCAUCAUGUUAGGGGAUGAGAAGGUUCUGAAUGAUUGUGGAAGGCCGCAACUGGAUAAUAUAUGUCUUGAUGAUGAUCAACACGGUUCUGUAAGAUCAAUUGGUGUGGGCAUCAACAGCGAUGCUGCUGAUUUCGGUAGUGAAGUUCGGGAAAGUUUAGUCGGGGGCAGCAGUGAAGGAGAUUUAGAGUACCUCCCUGAUCAUGAUGUUGGAUCUGCGUCCCUACACUAUAAAAAUGAAGCAGAUAAAAAUUACCGUAAUAGGUUGAACAGGGAACAAAGGAGAAAGUAUAAGCUUGACCCCAACCAAUAUAUUAUUGGGAAUGACAAAAGCAUACAAACAGAAGUGAAGGGUCAAUUAGAUGCGGGGUUUUCGUUUCCUCCUCCAUUGAGGGAUGAGCAGUUGCUUCAUGCAGGCUCUAGCAAAUCCUUAUGGUCAGAGAACUCCAAUGCUGUUGGGAAUGAUGUAGCCGAGCAGAGAUUGAAUGCUUCUGUGGGAGCUGAUGACAUGCUAGCCACAUGGAAAAGGAAAGGCAGCGACUCUUCCACUGUUAAAAGUUCAAGAGAUGAAGAUAAUGCGAAUGCUAUAAGAUCAGCGAAUUCUUCUCCAUCCUCGCUAUCAAAUUAUGGUUAUGCUGAAAGAGACUGCAUCAAGAAAGAAGAGGAUGAAAAACCAGGUGCGAGAGAGGAUGACCCAGUGGCAUCCCUGGAGGAUGAGGAAGCCGCUGCGGUGCAGGAGCAAGUAAGGCAAAUCAAGGCUCAGGAAGAGGAAUUUGAGACUUUUAAUCUCAAAAUUGUCCACAGGAAAAACAGAACCGGCUUUGAGGAGGACAAGAACUUUCAUGUUGUUCUAAAUUCAGUCAUUGCUGGGCGGUAUCAUGUCACUGAAUAUCUUGGCUCUGCUGCAUUUAGUAAGGCCAUACAAGCUCACGAUCUGCAUACAGGCAUGGAUGUAUGUGUUAAAAUUAUAAAAAACAACAAAGACUUCUUUGAUCAGAGCCUGGAUGAGAUAAAGCUUCUCAAGUAUGUCAACAAGCAUGAUCCUGGCGACAAGUACCACAUUCUCCGUUUGUAUGAUUAUUUUUAUUACCGAGAGCAUCUGUUGAUAGUAUGUGAACUACUUAAAGCAAACUUAUAUGAGUUUCACAAAUUCAAUAGAGAGUCUGGAGGGGAAGUUUACUUCACUAUGCCUAGAUUGCAGUCAAUAACUAUUCAGUGUUUGGAAGCACUUCAAUUCUUGCAUGGCCUCGGCCUCAUCCACUGUGAUCUCAAGCCUGAGAAUAUAUUGGUAAAAAGCUACAGUAGAUGUGAAGUGAAGGUCAUUGAUCUCGGGAGUAGUUGUUUUGAAACAGAUCACUUAUGCUCCUAUGUUCAGUCCCGAUCUUAUCGGGCUCCAGAAGUUAUUCUGGGUCUGCCAUAUGAUAAGAAGAUCGACGUAUGGUCACUUGGCUGCAUAUUGGCAGAACUUUGCACUGGAAAUGUUCUCUUCCAAAAUGAUUCACCCGCAACACUGCUUGCACGUGUCAUCGGAAUUAUUGGCCCCAUCGAUCAAGACAUGCUAGCAAAAGGCAGAGACACAUACAAAUACUUUACAAAAAAUCAUAUGCUGUAUGAGCGGAAUCAGGAUACCAACAGACUGGAAUAUCUGAUACCAAAGAAGACCUCUUUAAGGCACCGAUUACCUAUGGGGGACCAAGGAUUUACUGACUUUGUUGCGCAUCUACUUGAGGUAAAUCCAAAGAAACGCCCUACCGCUGCUGACGCUUUGAAGCACCCGUGGCUGUCAUAUCCAUAUGAACCGAUAUCCUCUUGAGCAAUUUGAAUUCUCACUGUCGAGAUUACUAGAGCUUUCGUGGAAACAUUUCCGAAGUUUCUCAUGAUAAGAAGGAAGUGGCAAGAUUGAGGAUCUCGCCAUCUGAGGGGGUUUCCCAAGAGGUUGAAGCCCUUCUCGAAUGCUGUCCAUCAGCCGUGCCUGAUUUUGUUCAAGUUCUCUUCCCAAGCAAGCUAUAUCGAAGAUUUUUGAAGCGAAAGUGUAAUUCCGCACGAAAUGUAUUAUUAGGUUCUUUUUCUGGCCACUUUCUUUUUUUUUUUCAGACUGGUGGGAAGAGGAACCGUGAAUCUGUUGUACAUGAUGUGUGAUAAUUCUUUUCAAGUUAUGUAGUAGUAGCUUGUGAAAUAUUUGUUAGUCAAUUUUGGUUGGUUUAAUGGUUUAUUUGGGUGGUAA